UCUUCUAGUGAACGCCGUUCGGUUUGGAUGUGAUUUCGUCUCUCGACCUGCCAUCUUUUUUUUUCGGUUGACCCCCUGUCGCGUCUCGCGGAAUAGUGCUUCUGACUGCUAUGGAUAAUUGUGAUUGGAAAUUCGUCUAUUGAUUGAUUGCCAGUGACGGAGCUUGAUGUACGUGUUCAUUGUGGAGAUAAUCAUACCGCAAGAUUGUUGAUUAUGCUGAUUCUGGGGUGCAUUUGGAGUGAAUUUUGAGAUAAAUCGAAGCAAAUGUUUAUGUUUUUGCCUGCUCGCAGCAGCCUUUGAAUGUGUAUGAAAGAGAAGCAAGUGAUUGGGAAAAGGUACAACGAACGUGCGGUGGAAAGAGAUCAGUGAAUAACGAACCCGGAUCGGCAGGUUCGUUUCGUGUUGUGCUGCAAGAAGUGUCAAAUCUGCUUCGAGCCAACUUGUUUGGAUGCGAUGAUUUUUUUACUGGCAGAGGCCGGUGUUUAUAUUUUGAUCAUGAAUGUUUGAUAACACGGUGUUCGGCUCCCUAGAAAAAAGGGGAUUGCUAUCAGUUGAGCAAAAAUCAGCUGACAUCUUAUGUAGUGAAAAGUGUGAAUGAAAAAAAUAUUGAAUCGUACGGAAGUGAGGCAAAAAGAAAAGAGUUGAACCAGACCAGUGUAGGAAAAGUAAUUCUCGAAGCAGCCUGUCAAAAUGACGAAUUUAUGUGUUUACAUUGGAUUAUUCCUGGUGCUGGCGGCCGGCGGCAGUGCACAUCUGAAUCUAUAUCUGAACCAGCUCGAAGUCAUGCGAUUACUAGGACUUUCGGCUGAAUUAUACUACGUGCGAGAAGGCCAAGUCAACGAGUAUGCCCUUCACUUUACAGUGCCGGUACCAGCGAACGUGCAGGAUAUCUCCUUCACAUGGCAAAGUCUCGCCGGAAAACCACUACCCUAUAAGAUAAGCAUAGUUACGUCGGACCCUGCGGUCCUACCGAAACCCUCGAUGAACAUCUCCCGGGUUGGUGAAAUCCCUACGCAGAUCGAAACAUUUGCGAUCGCACUCAAAUGCGCCGGCCCAGACCCGGCUGAAGUAGAAGUCACGAUAACCAUCGAAGUUACGCUCAACCGAGUCACCGGAAACGCUACGGAGUUGGUCUUCCGAAGAAAAAAGAUCUGCCUCAAUAACGAACACCCGGACGCCAAUCAACCGGAUCCGUACCUGCUGGAAACAGUUACUCACACCCAAAGCGGCCUAAUCACACUGAUUGUGGGUGGAGUUCUAGCGAUUAUUCUUGUAUUAGUGCUGAUCUUCAUAGCGUACUGCACACGAGGCUCCCUUAAAAGGAAACCUCACCACGCGCAACCCAUCAGAACAUCCAGCUUUCAGCGACUUCAAACUCAUCCCCCUUCUGCUCCGUCCUCGAUCGUAUCCCCGCCCUCAAUUACCCCCACGAUCGCCACUCUAUCGCGCAACAAAAUCUACGCCAAUGCCGAACCGGAAGAGCUGCAGCGCCGCAUAUCCGAAUUGACUGUCCAACGAUGCCGCGUUCGACUGUCCUCUCUCCUGCAGGAGGGCACUUUUGGACGAGUCUACCGCGGUUCCUACAAUGACAGUCAGGAAGUUCUAGUCAAAACCGUCGGCCAACACGCGUCGCAAAUUCAAGUCUCGCUACUUCUUCAGGAAGGAAUGAGUCUUUACGGGGCUCAGCAUCCGGGAAUCCUCUCCGUGCUCGGUGUGUCCAUCGAAGAUCACACAGCUCCCUUUUUGCUCUAUCUGGCGCCAGAUAAUAUGCGAAACCUGAAAAUAUUUCUACAGGAACCGGUGGCACGGACUAUGACCACAAUCCAAAUCGUCAAAAUACAGUUGCAACUUGCACAGGCACUGGGGCAUCUACACAGUCACGGAGUGAUCCACAAGGACAUUGCUGCUCGUAAUUGCGUAAUCGACGACCAGCUGCGAGUAAAGCUGGCAGAUAACUCCCUGUCGCGGGAUCUCUUUCCCGGAGAUUACUACUGCCUGGGAGACAGCGAAAAUCGGCCCAUCAAGUGGCUAGCCCUGGAAGCCAUCCAGUACAAGCAGUUCAGCGAAGCGUCGGACACGUGGGCUUUCGGGGUGCUGAUGUGGGAACUGUGCACGCUAGCGCGGCAGCCGUAUGCUGAGGUUGAUCCUUUCGAGAUGGAGCACUAUCUGCGAGAUGGCUACCGAUUAUCGCAACCCAUUAACUGUCCUGAUGAACUAUUUGCCAUCAUGGCCUACUGCUGGACGAUGCUCCCGAUGGAACGACCUUCCUUCGAGCAGCUCCAGGUCUGCCUACAGGACUUCUACGCCCAGAUCACGCGGUAUGUCUAGGGUCUACCGAACGCCGCGAACGGUGCGGUAGUUCCUAUGGCCGUCAAUGGCCAACCACGUGAUUCCAAACCACUAAAG